AUGGAGCAAGCCAUGAGGAAAGCAGAGAUCACGAUUGAUGGUUGGCUUGCAAGCCCGAAGCGCCACGCCGUCCACUCUGAGUUGGUCGAGGAGAGCCAGAAGCUGCGCCUCGACUUGGAGCAAGGACGUGAGAGGUCCAAGGAAGAGCUGGCUGCAAAGGAUGCGCAAAUCUCCUUCCUGCGGACGGAGGCCAGCCAGAGCCAGGAGUCUGCGCAAGCCCAGCUCGGCGAUCAGGAAAGGCAGCUUCAGGCGGCGCGUGAGCAAGCAGAAGCCGACCGAGCCAUACUCCAAAAUGAGAAGUCGAUGCUCCAGGAGGCGCGCGACCGAGCAGAGGAAGCUCGAGCCGCACUUCAAAGGGAGAAGGCGAAUCUCCAGGAGCUGCUGGACCAGAAAACGGCCUCGUCAGCUGCCGACGUAGAGAGACUUGAGGCCGAUAAGGCCCAGCUGUCAUCUCUGCUGGAGGACGUUCAAGCGGAAUGCGACCGGAAGUUGGAAGAGGAGACCCUGCACACAACCAGUCGAAUCACACAGAUCACUGAAGACUUCGAGAGACAAGUGGCGGCGAAUCAGGAGCAGAUCGCCUCCCUUCACGGCGAGCUUCGCAGCCAGGCGGAAGCAGCAGAGCAGGUGCCCACCCAGGAGAAGGCGCUGUUGCAGGGCAAGCUCGCAGACCUGGAGGUCGCUUACGAGCAGAAGCUGAGUACCCAGGAGGAGAAGUUCACCGAGUUCAAGCAGGAGGCAUUGCAUGAGAAGGCGCUGCACGACGAACAGGUCUCCAACUUGACCGAGAGGCUACAGCAGCAAGAAGCAGGUCUCGUCGCCAAGGAGAAGGAGGCGGCCGAGAAGGUAAGCCAGCUCCAGGACGAAAGAGACCAGGUCUCCAGGCGUCUGGAGGAGCGGCUACAGAGCCGGGAAGACGAGUUUCGGGUCCAGGCAGAGGAAGCAAUGGCGCAAGCCAAGCAGCUUUCAGAGGACCUCGACCGAGCCCAGGAUCAAGCGCAGAGGCUUGCUGCUGAUAAGAUCAACCUCCUCAGUGAGAUGGCGCAGGCGGCAGCGCAGGCGGAUGCCGACCAGAUUCUCUGCGACACGAAGGCCCUCGCAAUUAAGCAUUUGGCCUUGAGUGGGGCAGAGACCUUGGCACUGUCCGCCUUUGACAACUGUAUGCAGCUGUCGCAGUUUUCUGACUUUCUAGCCGCAUGCCGGCGCACUGCGACCUGGGCACAGGCAUUGGAAGUGCCGGGCAUCCCAAGCCUGUACGUGAUCGUCGAACAUCUUGUCAAGCCGUGGACUCGAAAUACGGGCUGCAGCGUGGCACUGCGGAUGAAUCCUGAGAGUGCACAGCGGGCCGAACUGAUGGUCUCGCAUUGCUGGGCCGAGAGCAUGGACGAGUGCGAAGAGGCUUUGCACAAGUUCUACAAGCGCCAGACAGAGUUCAGUGGUAGACCUGCACACAUGCCGAAGACUCAAAAGCAUUACUCAUUCUCCCUUCCUUCGUCAAUUCAACUCCUGACGUCCCGGCGAAUGGAUAUCUCGUCAUCUCAAAGACGGACUACUUGGCGAGCAAGGGAACUGCAUGAGAGAGUGGCCCCCGACCGCUGGUGCGUGACCCUUUCUGACCUGAAAUUCUUGAAGAGCAGUGUCGAGUCUGCAAUCGAGGGUGGGGCCAUAAAGCCUCCUUCGAAUGGGUCGGAUGCCUUCAGCAGCGAGGAUCGAGCGUACGGCCCAAGCAUCUACACCGUGACGGAGCAGCAUAUCAAGCCUGUGACAGCGCUCGCGGGCAAGAUGAGCUGGGCUUUGAUGCGGAAUCCCAACGGCUUAGACUGCGAUCUCUUCAUCAGCCACGCCUGGCAGGAGGGUAUCUUCGAGUUCAUGGCGAAAGUCCUGCACUCCUGGCCGAGGUUCAUGCGCCAUGCUUGGUGUUGUAUGCUGGCAAACCCCCAGCAUUUGGACAUCGCAGCCAUGCUACAGUCGCCCAGGCAUUCACCUUUUGCCAUCGCCUUGGAAGCUUCCAGAGUCGUUCUGGCAGUCCCCAAUCGGCGCUGCUCAAUUUAUACGCGACUGUGGUGUGCUUAUGAAGCUUACCUAGCCGAGGAGCAGGACAAGAUCAUAUUAAUUGCAAGGGCAUCCAACCGAUACAAUAUCUGUCAGUCGAUGAUGAAAAUGGCUUCUGCUGCCAUAGUUGGGGUGCUUGUGGGCUGGGUGAGUAACUUUGGCAAUGCGACGGUGACCUUGAACCUGGUUUUCUUAUGCGUCGCCACCGCGGCUGCUGCCUGGAGCAUGGGCACUACUCACGAUGGCCACCGGAAGUGGCUAAAUCUUCUCGGAGAGGCCUUAUGCUGGUUCUUGGUCUUCGAUUGGUACACAGUGCAUGGCCAAUGGGAGAAGAAGCAUGCGUACCUCCACCGGUUUUCUGCUAUCCAGCAGCGACUCUGGCUGCUGCUCUUUGCAGGUGCCUUCUGCUUCCUCGAGGUGGAUCGCUUGAACGGUCUCGCAGCGAUCCACGAGUCGGAGCAGUUGGGCUUAGGAUAUCGCGGCUCCAUCGUCCAUGCAACAUGCACUCGCCAGGAGGAUGACGAGCAGAUCCGACAGGAGAUCGGAAGAAGAGUCGCUGAUGUGGACUAUGCCAUCAAGGUCCUCCUCGAAGCCGGGAUGUCAUCGCCUGCGUUGCGCAACAUCGCCUCCAAGGGCGUCAGCAUCGAUCAAGCUGCCAACCCACAGAUCACCCUGCCUUUGCUGAUACUGGUGCCACUGAACAUGAUCAACGUUGUUGCAACUCUCUUCGACAUCUUCUACCUUGAUGAUGAGCUGGAGCAUUGGGAGCGGAAAUCGAUGGGAGCGACGUCAAUUCUGGUACGAUGUCUCAUUUUGUGUAUGCUGUAUAGAAAAACUCGAGAUGAGCGAUGCUUCAUAUACUUGGUCAUACAGAAGUUGUCCAUGGCAUAUUUGGCUUCCAUGACACCCCGUCUGGUGGUGUGGGAGAUGUGGGCGAAGACCAUGGUCGCUGCGACCACACAUGGCCUGAUGUCAAUACAGCUCCUGACAUACAGCUUUUGCUUCUUCUUCGCCGUGCUUGGCAUAAGGGGAACAGCUUCCAUUCCAGGGUGCGGCCUUUGCUUGCUGAGGAUGAUCAUGGCGCGCAGCUUUCGAGCCUGCUGCCAUGUGCCUCAUGGCGUCUCGUGUGGAAGCACGGAGAGCGAGUCUGACUCGGAGAGCUGGAGCUCGAGGAGCAGCGUAAGCUCAUAUUCGACCUGA